CUCGGGAGUUACUGUUCGGGGCGCGGGGGCGUCCCGCGCCUGGUCGCACCCUACUGACUUGUGCAGACUACAACUACCGACGGGCCUCGGCGGCCCGGGGACUCUCUCGUAUCCCUAGCGUUGAGCGUGUGGGCCGCUCCCGAGGAGUCCCCUUGGCUGGCCAUCAGGGUCAGCACUGCCCAAGGAGUACUGUUCAAGUGGUGAUGAAAUGGGGAUCAACCAAUCUGUGGACUUUCCACCUGUCACAGGACCCCACCAUGUAGGCUGUGGGGAUGUGAUGGAGGGGACAGGUUGCCAGGGGAGCUUCUUUCGACUCUUCUACCCCUGCCAAGAUCCAGUGAAGACACCAGAGCAGCCCUUGUGGAUUCCCCGCUAUGAGUACUACAGUGGCCUGGCCGACUACCUGCAGUUUAACAGGCGCUGGGGGGCUCUGCUAUUCAACUUGGCUGUGGGGUCUUUUCGUCUGCCGAUGAGCUGGAAUGGACCCUUUAAGGCAAAGGACUCUGGAUACCCCUUGAUCAUCUUCUCCCAUGGCCUGGGAACCUUCAGGACUUUGUAUUCAGCCUUCUGCAUGGAGCUGGCUUCCCGUGGCUUUGUGGUCGCUGUCCCAGAGCACAGGGAUGGGUCAGCUGCAGCCACCUGCUUCUACAAGAGUUCCCCCGAGGAGCAUCCAAGUGGCAAAUCCCUGCAAGAGGAAUGGAUCCCCUACCGGAAAAUUGCAGAAGGAGAAAAGGAAUUCCCUGUUCGGAAUUCCCAGGUGCAUCAGAGAGUCUGUGAGUGCAUGAGGGUGUUGAAGAUUCUGCAGGAGGCCUCGGCUGGGCAUCCCGUCCCCAACCUCUUGCCUGGUGGGUUGAAUCUGAUGACUCUGAAGGAUGGCAUUGACAUGAACCAUGUGGCUGUAAUGGGACAUUCGUUUGGAGGGACCACAGCUAUUUUGGCUUUGGCCAUGGAAACCCAAUUUCGGUGCGCUGUGGCGCUGGAUGCUUGGAUGUUUCCUCUGGAACGUGACUUCUACCCCAAGGCCCGAGGCCCUGUGUUCUUCAUCAAUGCUGAGAAUUUCCAGACAACAGAGAGUAUCAACUUAAUGAAAAAACUGUGUACCCAGCACGAACAGUCCAGGAUCAUCACUGUUCUUGGUUCUGUUCAUCGAAGUCAAACUGACUUUGCCUUUGUGAGUAGUAACUGGAUCGGUAAAUUUUUCGCCAAUCAAAUCUCUGGGAGCUUGGAUCCCUACGAAGGACAGGAGAUUGUGGUGCAUGCCAUGUUGGCCUUCCUGCAAAAGCAUCUUGAUCUGGAAGAGAACUUUGAUCAGUGGAACAGCUUUAUUGAAGGCAUUGGACCAUCGCUCAUCCCAGGGGCCCCGCACUGUCUGUCCAGCCUGUAGGUGUAACUGGCCAUUUGUGAAAGGUCACUGAGUUCCCAUUUGGAGCCUGCCCCUGGACAACAUAGUCUCCUUUCAGAAAGUGGUCAAUGACCUUUUUUCAAAGAUUGAGAGGAUGUAAUCACACUGGUAAUUGGAUAAUGGACACUUUGAUUUUGAACUUGUUGAUUUCAAACUCCUGUUGGGACUUGGAUCACUUACUGAUUGCCAGACUGACUUCCUGGGGGCCCAACCUGAUGCUGUUGGGGACAGGCAGUGGGAUGGGGCUGGGGAGUGAGUCAGACUUAAACUGAGCUCUUUUAUCUCAAACCGUCUACUCCCUCACUUGGGCCCAACAUGGCUUCUGCAGUGGAAGAAAAGAAGCUGAAGGAGGAAGUGAAAUUUCCACCUUCAGAACCUCUAGCCCAGUCUGCCCUCUUUCUUCCUGUCUCUCAGCCUUCUCUCUUCCCAGGGAUGCUUGGUGAGUUCUGAGCACUUUAAUUUUCUCAGGUCUGUGCAACCAUCAUCUGAUUUUCUGUUUCUCCAAACUUUCUCAUAGCCUGACACAUAGUUCUGGGCUGGCACACAUGUGAGUCCAUGGAGGGGGCAGACAGCAUUGUCCUCAUAGCAUAGGGAGAGAAACCGAGGUAUGAAGGGGAACCUCAGACCUCUGGUUGUCUUGGAAUUUUGCUAAAACAACAGGGUCCAACCCAUAGUAUUAGGUAGCCCUCACUGGAGUGGGGAGGUGGUUUGGUCAGUAAGAGGUUAGGAGGCCACCCUGGCAGAUGAGGAGCACGUUGGUUGAUCUAGCUUCUUACUGAAGAUGUUAGGAGCCUCCAGUUUGCUCAUGAUAUCUGAGGCAGAUGUAGUAAUCUGUUUUCUGGCUUGGAGGCCCUGACCCCAAAUUAAAGUCAAGAUACAGACUGAGUUGGCCCUAUGCAUAAGUAUGAAUAAUAUUAAUACUUGUUAUGGGCUGGAGAGAUAGUGCAGUGGGUAAGGCACUUGCCUUGCAUGCGGCCUUCCCAGGUUCAGUCUCUGGCACCACAAAUGGCCCCCUAACCCUGCCAGGAGUGAUUGCUGAGCCCUCGCUGAGCCAGGAGUAAGCCCUGAGCACCACUGGUUGUGGCCAAUGCCCUCCCACCCUUCCCUCCAAAAACACCCAAAACCUGCACUUGUCCAACAAUAUGUCAAAAUAGUUUAUCUGCAUUAGUACUAGAUGAAGAGAGCCAUCUGGAAAUAACUUUUCCUUCUGCCUUUUUUUUUUUAUCACUUAUCACUUAUCACUUGUGCCCACGUACGGAAAAAACAACAACCUUAGAAGAAAGUCUUCCUAGUUCAGAGCUGAAUAGGAAACUCAGCUUGAAAGACUUCUCUCCACUAUACUAGACUUUCACAUCAUUCCAAGUUGCAGAAUUGAGUGAAAGCAGAAGGGACAUACACUCCUAUACAACAACAAUAGGUUCACCUCGCCACCAACACCAGCUGGGAUGAGGUCUUAGGAGCUAUUCCUUCUCAGAGGUGAAACAUCACAUGCAGGGGGCGGUCUGUGAAUUCUCAUGAGACAUAGACUUAGUCUAGAGGAUAGAGUUCUACAGCCUGGUUGUGAGUUUUAGCUCCACCAACUGCUAAAUGAAUUCAUUUCUUCUUUCCACUCUUGAUUCCUGCUUUUCCUUUCCUUUUUUUUCCCCCUUCUGGUCAUACCAGUGUUCUCAAGGCUACAUGCAGCUCAGUGUUUGAGGAUCAUAUCUGGUGCUGUUUAGGGAACCAUGCCAUGUUGGGGUCACAUCAGGACCUCCAGCAUGCAAAGCAUAUACUCAGCACACUAAGCUAUCUCUUUGGCCCCUUCAUCCCUGCCUUUCUAAAAUGACUAUCAGUAUUAUGAAUAAUUCAGGAGAAUAAAGUGAAAAAGCACCACCUCAGGGGCAGUUUAAAAGUAUAUUUCUUACAUUCAUACAUAGGAGAUUUUUUCCAGCUGCUUUAAUUGCUUAGAGAAAAUGACCCAUAAUGGUUUUCAUUCUAAAACUGACUCACUGAAUGUGAGGUCAAAUUUGUAAAUGUCCCAUAGAUGCUUAGAAGGCUAUCCUUGUCUCAGUGUUUGACUCAGUGACACAUUAUAGAUUAGCUUUUAUUGAGAGCACAAUUAGAUACAUAAUAGAGCCCCCUUUACCCCAAGUGUUGGCUAGAGCACGUGCUGCCACCCCUUGUGCCCUGGGCUGGUUCCAGAUGUGCUGAGGGACCAAUUCUGGCAACAUUGUUAUGAGACCCACUUUCUACCUUGGACCCAUAAGCAAGGCAGGUAUUUUUGUAGAUAUGGAUCCUCAAGAAAGAAGUUGUUUGGAAAAAGGAUCCAUUCAGUUCACAUUCUGGUGAUGACUCCUUUAUUCAGGUGAAUCUUCCAUAUAAUUGAAAAUGAUCCUUUAAGCCACAAAAUAGAAUAUCUGAUGGCAUUGGUAAAAUGCAAGAACAGUAAUGCACACGCUUCUCACAAACCCCCUUUAACUCUUUAGGCUGUUUCAGUUGGGAGACAAAGCAGCAGGCAGUUCCCAAAAAAAAGCAACAAAAAGUAUGACUAGUUCUCUGUGGGCCUUGCAUUGUUUUUAUCUUCCCAUGAGAUCCCUGACGGGCACACCAGCCAUUCCCUGGAAGUGUUGCUGUCACACUGGUGGUGCUAGAAGAGGCUCUGGUGAAUCUUACUACAUCUUAAAGCUCCUGCCCAGAAGUGAUCUAUUUUCAUUCACACUUCAUUGGCCGAAGCAAGUCACCUGACCAUGCCUCACAUUCUGUGUUAUCCCAAGAGAGCCAAAAUACGUUGUGCCCAAGUCUUAGGUCAGAAUAGCGGCACUUUUGGGCCUGGAAGAUUUGGGAGCUGUUUUGCUCAUCUCCUCCGUGGUCUGCGGCAGCUGUUCUCUUAGUUCUUUGGUUGCUUUUCAUUGUCUGUGUUGUUGCCCUUGUGGACAAACUGCCAGCCAUUACCUCCGAUUGCCUUCAAUGUGCCAACUCCUAGCAGCUCACUCUGCUUCUUUCAAAGAUGUGACUUGUCAUGUUAUUUACAGCUACUUAAAAUCACAUAGUUGAAUGCUUAGGGGCUCCUUUAUGUGGGUUGGGGACACCUGGCUGAGCUCAGGGCUUAUUCCUGGCUCUGCACUCAGGGAUCACUCCAGCAGGCUCAGGGUUCCAGGAUUGAACCUGGGUUGGCCGUGUGCAAAGCAAGUGCCUUAUCUGCUGUACUAUCACUCCAGCCACUUUAGGGACUCAUUUAUUGAAACUGAAAUACACUGAAUUCUGUGCUUGAACUUCCUUCGACUGCUUAGAAGUACUAUCUUUGGUCCUUUGUCUUGUUUUCAUUUAGCUUCCAGGGAAUUGGAAGACACCGGAUAAAUGACUUUUCAGUAAGCCAGGCAAUCCUUCAUAUUGAUUGGUAUGUUAAUAAAUUGCAUCCCAACAAUUAUUUUCAAAAACAACGAUAU